UUGUGGCACACGUAUGAUUCCACACACAGGGGUUCCGUUACCGUAUUGGACCACAGACUGUAUAUUUAUUGAUUAAUAUUAACAGUCUAUGUGUUGGACCCAUACACAGUUUAAAAAAGAUUGGACCUCCACUCCACGGCCAGCUGUGGCGUCACCUGGAAGUAGUCCUGCUGGGCGGGAUGACCGGGAACAACAAGAUGGCGGAGAGUGAAGAGUUUCGGAUGCUUAAAGGUCACAUAUACUGAGGAAUUGUAAGGAAAAAGGAUAUGCACAUAAGGACAAUCCAGCAUGGAGCGUUAUAUCGAAGGAAGUCAGUCCUGUAACACAGACUUCAGCCUGUUGACUGGUGGAACAGCCCUGUGGCACGACACCAAGACCAGUAUGAAUCUCCAGCAGCCAGCACCUCUCAUCCCCCCCGUCCACCCAGAUGUGCAAAUGAAGCCCCUCCCCUUCUAUGAUGUUCUCGACGUCUUGAUCAAGCCUUCAAGUCUAGGAGCGAGUCCUGCACAGAGGUACCACCAAGAAAAAUAUUUCAUCUUUGCUUUGACACCACAGCAAGUUCGUGAAGUAUGCAUAUCCAGGGACUUUCUACCAGGUGGCAGAAGGGACUAUAUGGUUCAAAUUCAACUGAGGUUUUGCUUGUCAGAGACAAGUUGCCCUCAAGAAGAUAACUACCCAAACAGUCUUUGUAUAAAGGUCAACGGGAAACUUUUUCCUUUGCCAGGUUAUGCACCACCACCAAAAAACGGCGUGGAACAGAAGAGACCAGGAAGACCUUUAAACAUUACCUCCCUUGUUCGACUCUCCUCUGCAGUACCCAAUCAGAUUUCAGUCACGUGGGCACCGGAAAUUGGGAAAACCUAUUCUAUGUCUGUGUACCUGGUGAGACAGCUGACAUCACCACUGCUCCUGCAGAGGCUGAGGAUGAAGGGCAUCAGAAAUCCAGACCACUCCAGAGCACUAAUUAAGGAGAAGCUGACAGCAGAUCCAGACAGUGAGAUUGCUACAACAAGCCUUCGCGUCUCACUCAUGUGCCCGUUGGGUAAGAUGCGACUCACGGUGCCGUGCCGGGCGGUGACCUGCUCUCAUCUGCAGUGUUUCGACGCUGCCCUCUACCUGCAGAUGAAUGAGAAGAAACCCACGUGGAUCUGUCCUGUGUGUGACAAGAAGGCUGCAUACGAGAGUCUCAUCAUCGAUGGUUUAUUCUUGGAGAUCCUGAAUGACUGCUCCGAUGUGGAUGAAAUCAAGUUCCAGGAGGAUGGGACCUGGUGUCCCAUGAGACCAAAGAAAGAGUCAGUCAAAGUCCCCUCUCAAUCAAUUCCAAAAGUUGAGACCUCAGCUCCUUUACGCCAGUCUUCAGUGGUCACCAACUCUACGGAGCCCAGCUCCACCAAGAAGGCGGAUGUGAUUGACCUGACUCUGGAAAGCUCCUCCUCCUCCUCUUCCUCCUCUGAUGAAGAGGACACAGACCCUCCACUGAAGAAACGCUGCGUUUACAUUUCCAAGAGCGAGGAGAUGCAUGCAAAGGGGGUGUUGACCUACCAGCCCACUGUGCGCGUGCCAAACGUCCAGGCCCUGGAUCCGUCGUAUCUGACCUCUACGCUCGCCGACUAUGCAGUCCCCUUCCACCCAUCCACCCUAGCCACCAUCCCAACAGAAAUGCAGAGUAUGGAUUUGUUUUCCUUAAUUCAAGCAGAUCCUCAGCAUUACCGGCCCCAGAUGUUUCUGGACAACUUGACGAGCAGCAUGCAGAGUGCGGCCGCAGCCAGCACCAGCUCAUCCCUGGUGUCCUCCUCCAGCAGCCACUACGACACCAGCAGCCACGCCGCCAGCUCCCUCCACGAGACCCGGGUCAUCACAGGGGGAGGGGGUGCUGGAGGAGGGGCGGACAGCGGCAUAUCAGAUAUCAUUUCACUAGACUGAGCCACGUCUCACUGGACCUUUUCAGGCCGGUUUUCUGUGGCCUUUUUAGUGCGGACUACGUGUACAUGCCAUGUUUUACACAAGAGCACCCAGAUUGGUAUACAUGAGAUCUUUGAUGGCCUGGGCAUUUUCAUCAUGUUCAAAACUGUAUCCAGGCAUGUUUAUUUUUGCCCUUGGGUUUUUUUUAACCUGAAAUGGGGUUGGCAUCCUAUCUGCUAUGGUAGGAUGAUAAAUGGUUGGAUGCCCAAGGACAAAAUUGUGUGUCAGUGUAUUGUCAUGUCUCUUGAAGUACUCUUGACUUUAACAUUUCUUUUGGAUUCUGAUUUAGAAAUAUGCUCGUAUGCUUUCAUAAAAACCUGAAUCACGUUAGAUCUAAACAAUGGGAAGGAUUUAGCCUUGGUUUAGUCCAAUAUUCACUGUUGUUUUAGCUUUGGUUUAGUCCAAUAUUCCUUGUUUUUUCAGCCUUGGUAUAGUCCAAUCUUCACUGUUUUAGCCUUGGUUUAGUCCAAUAUUCAUUUUUGUUUUAGCCUUGGUUUAGUCCAAUAUUCCUUGUUUUUUCAGCCUUGGUAUAGUCCAAUAUUCACUGUUGUUUUAGCCUUGGUUUAGUCCGAUAUUCCUUGGGGCCCCAAUAAAACAGCAAACCGUUUAUUUAACUGAAAUGUAAUUGUUUAUUGCAAUAUUCCCCCAUUGUUUUAUAACAUUGGUUUAGGCCAAUAUUUCUCUAUUGUUUUAGCAUUGGUUUCUUCCAAUAUUUCUCCAUUUUUUUAGUCUGGCUUAAGUCCAACAUUUGCCAGUGUUUAACCUUGGGCUAGCCUCUGUAGAUCUCUUUCCCUCUGUUUACCCACCACUCAUUAAGUCAGCGCUGUGUGCCAGUGGAAGCAGUGGACCUGGCAUUCCUUUUACAUUACGAGGAGUCAUUUUAUUUUAGUCUUCAUAUCAGUAAUAUUGCCUGGGGAACUUUUAUUAGUAUUAGCCAUCAUACAGUAUCAGUCUGACAUGGCCACCCAUAUAUAAAUGUAGAAAUAUUACAAAACCCCUUCCAUGCUCAGCUCUGUAGAGGUUUUCUUGGCAGAAAGAUAAUUGUCUGUUAUACUUUUUUUUGCCCUGUUGUCCCAGUGUUGGAAAUAUUUAGAGCAGUGAACUGCUUAUUUCUACCGAUUUUGUUUCUUUGAACAUACAUGUGACAGAUUUUUGCCUCUCCUGGCCUGGUUAGCACGGAGCAGAGUCAGCAGGGACGGAAGACGAGCGCCAACUCACUGCUCUCAGCAAGACCAGCAAGCAAACUAACAGUUAGAUGACAGACUGAUAAACAUACUGUUGACUUUGAACAUGGGAGGUAGGUCAGUAAUUGUGAAGUUUUCAUUGGUUCUAACAGCUGUCAGUCAGUUCUUCAAUGAGGUUGACUACAGGGCAGCUUUCAUGGCAAACCAAUGUAAAAUGUUCCUUUUGUCAUUUAGUCAGAGCAAUAAUAAUUUAACAAGUUAGGUUAAAUAAAGUUGUAAAUGCAGUUAAGAUACUCCAUGAAUGAUUCUAAGCUGGUGUGCCCUGCUCUGGACCCCAAAUCGGAUCUCUCUUUUUUUUUGUGGAUUGUCGGUUUAACAUGAUUUUGUUCUGUAGGAGAAAUAUACUUAAAGCAAUAGUUAAAAACUCAGGCAAUUACGCUCAUUUGCGUUCUUUCAGUGAUCGAGAUCUUCAGAUGGAUAUCACAGACAGACCUGGAGUCAGGGCAGGGUUGGACAUUCAGCCCGGCUCUGUUCUACUGACACCUCUCAUGCUCACUGAUCAGUAUGUCCCAUUUGUGUGCUCAUAACAUAAAUGUCAAUGUAUGAGCUCCAGUUUGUGUUUGCCCCGAGCUAGCUGUCUUCUCCUCUGUCCAGUCUUCAUGCUAAGCUAGGCUAACCACGUCCUGACUCCAGCUCUGUGCCUAAAAAAGACAUGAGAGUAAUAUUCAUUUUCUCACCUUAUGCUCACAAAGAAUAUCAACAAGUUUAUUUCCCAACAUGUUAAACUGUUUAUUUGGGUGCCUCAGUUUUGACUCGCAUACAAAUCUACUUUAUUAUCAGUUUAUACUGAAAUUAAUUUUGCAUUCCUGAGCAGCUCCGCUUCAAAAAAAAAGUACACAAAGUUAGACAAGCAUGAGACGGUUCAGUGAAUUUUAACAUAAUGUAAGUGAAAGACAUUGUUUGCCUCUAAGUUGGUGCAUAAUAUCUGAAAAAGUUCAUGCUGCCAAAAGUUAAAUGAUGAUCUCUUCAGUUAAUAUUUAAAAAUCAGUUCUGUAAUUAUUCUGAGCACUGGCCUCUGCUAUAUCUGGACUUUGUUGUAUGUUGAUGAUGCUGUGUGUUAGUGUGGGAUGGAUGUACAUGAAUAUGUCCUUUCUCAAAGUUGACACCACCCAGUAACAUAAAGAAGGAUACACAGGGCAGCUACUGUAUCACACCUCCAUCUUCUUAUCUGGACUGCUUGCUGUGCAUGUGGACUAACAGCCAUCAGGAGCUCAAUCUCAGGGACCUCCACUCCACUUUUCUGGGCUUGGACUGAGUGAAUUAAAGUACUGGUGCAUAGAAACAACAGUUAGGAUCCCUAACUGAAAUACAGAUGGGGAUUUAAAGGGUAGGCUAAUGUAAAACAUUUGUACUGUACAUCAUUGUAUCUGUUUAAUUCAAUCAUGCAAAUGUCAGUUUCAAGUUGCCAUGUUAAGGCUGUGACAGUUCACCCAAAUUACAAGAAACUCACUUAGUCUUAGUUUUGGUUUAUGUGAACUGGUUUUGGGAUGUCUAGAUUUGAGUGAUUCUGAUAUCAGCCAAAUGACACAAAUUCAAAAUCAAAAUGUUUUUCCAGAAGCAGUUUCCCUGUUAGUGUGGAUAAAUUCACAUUGUGGAGACACUCUUGAUCAGAACUAUGGAAACAGUCAGCAGAAUCCCAUUCUCUUUCGUUGUAUUGGGGCAGAGGCAGACAUCUUAAAACCCAAACUAUCUCUGCACGUAGAGAUACCGUUGGUGGCAGGAUAGAAAAUAGGAGUUUUGUAAUUUUGGUGAACUAACCUUUAAAGUAAAAAUGUGCAAAUUCAACAACAUCCGAUAAAGGAAACCCUUCAUUAGUGUUGGUAUAGAGGUCACUGUUUUGUAAAAUUACAAAUUAGACUUUUGACUCUGUCUCUAUUCACCUGCGGGCAGAUGUUGGUGAUGUGGAUAUUUCUUUAUUUUGUACUCUUCACACUUUAUGGACUUUGAAAGACCGCCCAGCUCUCUUUCUCUUGUGACACCAUGUUAACAGACUCGGAGAACAGUACUCCUUUGUUGUUCGCUGCAGAUUCACGAGCUUUAUAAUAAGAUGGUUUAUUACAAAAUUCUCUUUGUUUUCCUGUAUCUGUAAACUUGCAGCAUUUUAAAUUGUGGUACCAUG